GAGAGAGAGAGUGGAUGAGAGGGGAGAAAGAUGGCGGCGGCCGGGCUGAGGGCGAUGGUGGGAGUCAAGCGGGUGAUUGACUACGCGGUGAAGGUGCGGGUAAAGCCCGACAAGACAGGCGUGGUGACGGAUGGCGUAAAGCACUCCAUGAAUCCCUUCUGUGAGAUUGCUGUGGAGGAGGCCGUGCGCUUGAAAGAGAAGAAGCUUGUCUCCGAAGUGGUCGCUGUAAGCUGUGGUCCACAGCAGUGCCAGGAGACCAUUCGCACCGCCCUUGCGAUGGGAGCCGACCGAGGGCUGCACGUGGAGAUCCCUGCGAAAGACUAUGAAAGCCUCGGUCCUUUCCAGGUUUCGAAGAUCUUGGCUGCGCUGGCCAAGAAGGAAGGAGUUCAUCUUCUGCUGCUGGGCAAGCAGGCCAUUGAUGACGACUGCAACCAGACAGGGCAGAUGGCGGCAGCAUUUCUCGACUGGCCUCAGGGGACCUUCGCCUCCGAAGUGACUGUGGAUGGGGACUGGCUAAAGGUUGAGCGUGAAGUUGAUGGGGGUCUGGAGACAGUGCGUCUGAAACUUCCAGCGGUGGUGACGGCUGACCUACGACUAAACGAGCCACGUUAUGCCACCUUGCCCAACAUAAUGAAAGCUAAAAAGAAGAAGAUCGAGGUGGUGAAGCCCUCUGAUCUUGGUGUGGACCUUACCCCACGGGUGAAAAUUUUAAGUGUGGAGGAUCCUCCCCAGCGCAAAGCAGGAGUAAAGGUGGAGACGGUCGAUGAUCUGGUAGUGAAACUCAAAGAGAGCGGGCUGAUCUGAGCUUUCAACAAGUUUGCCUUGCCUGGAGCCUGCUGCCGGAUGUGGUCUGCCGUGGUUGAGGGGGUUGUAGCCCUUCAAGGACCCGUCUUCCUGCCUCUGUGGGACCCAGUCAGUCAGUCGCUCCCUCCGAUAUCAGAUCGUAACCAUGCUGCCUUCCAGCCCAGCUGGCCACUGGGGGAGGGGGUGGGGGGAAAAUGAAUGAGAAUUUAAUUCUGUUUUCUGUACUAAUGAUGUGGGUUUGCAAUAAAUGCCGUGUGAUCUUCAGAGG